AUGAUUAUAUUCAAAACUUUAACCCUCGUUCUAGAUGACCGAUACAGUGAGCAAGAAAGACAACUGCUAACUUUACAACCGGGAUUCCUUAUUAAAGCAUUAAGAAGGCCCUAUAGUGGCAACCUCGAAAGCGUUGAGGAAGAAUAUAUAAAACCAAUCUUCCACUGGAAUAGCCUCGAUAGCAAUGAUUUGCUUUUGAAAAAGAAGGAAUUGCAAUACGAGAUUAUUAGUAUAGUCAAAGAAUUGCCAUGGCCUUAUGCUAAGAAAGAGGAAUUAUUAGAAUUACAUAAAUCUUAUGUACAAAAGCAAACCGGUAGUACUUCCCGUAACUCAGCGAAUUAUCAAUAUUCCAGAGGGUUGGGUAAGAAGCUUGUUCGAUGGUUGGGAAACUUGCUCUUUGGGUACAAAAUAUGGCGCGAAAGGAUUAAAGCUAUAGAAUGUUUCUUUGGUUCUAUUGUAGCCUCUUACUUUAUAUUCGUAAGAGGAGUGUUUUUACUUAACCUUGUACUUUCUCUCUUUUUUGUGGGAUUUGUCGUUGUACCAAAGCUGUAUUUAUUUAAUACAACAGAUACAACUAUUCCUGCUGCUGCCCUUACAGAUGAUCGAAUAGCGACUGUACUUAACUUUCAGUUUAAUAUCACUAAAUUAAAGUUAAUAAGAUGUAAUAUAUAUGUUAGCAGAAUUGCACAAAGCCGAAAGAAGACGACAAAGAUAUCGAUAGUUACCAGCACUAAUUUCAAUUUUAUAUGGAAAUUGUGCACUAACUGGGAUUUCUUAAUUAAUAACGAAGGCAAUGCCAUUUCAAAGAAACAGUCCCUUAGGACAGAAUUUACGGAAUUGCUUGGAGAUUUACGAGAUGUUCGAGAGAGCAAAAACUAUGGAAUGAUUAUUGCAUGGUUAUUGGUGAUCAUGACAUGGCUAGGAUGCGGAACACUUAUUCUUUACACCCUAAUUCAAUACGAGUGCAACUUAAAAGAUCAUACCAAUAUAAUCGUGAGAUAUUUGGUAUCCAUCGUACUUGCUCUAUGCAACGCUAUUUCACCAGUACUAUUCGAUGUUUACUCUACCCUUGAGGAUUAUAAACAGCAAACAAAAUUGAAACUGAAAAUAUUUCGGGUCAUGAUCAUGUACUUGUUUAAUCUAAGUGUAUUGGUUAUAUCAAUUGUUUCCGUAACUCCGCUGUCAAAUUCCAUUCAGCUUACAAAUUUCUUUGCACCGGGAGAGGUAUGCCGCUUAGCAUCUGGCAGCCAAAACAUUGGAAAGUGUUGGGAAAGUACAGUUGGUCAAGAGUUGUUUAAAGUUUCAACUAUCGAUCUAAUUAGCGUUAUUAGUGGGGUAUUAAUUGGUGACUUUGUGAGAGCCGGACUAGUUCGAUGUUUACCAGCUUGCCGAACAAAAAAAGAGCCUCCUUAUCCGACUUUUACUGUGGCUCAAAGCAUUUUACAAAUCGUUUAUUCGCAAGGCUUAACUUGCUUUGCCUUAUCACCGGAUUGUGGGCCAUUUCAAGUGUACUUAACUAACACCAAUAUAACUGGAAAUGCGACCGCUUUGAACCUAAUCGUAGAUAAAUACAUUAGGAGUCCUGAUAGCGGGGCCUUGACCUUUAUUUUUGAACAGAUAACAAGCGCCCAUGUUAUCAUUCCUGUUAUUAUCUUAUUAUGCUUGGCCAUAGCAUAUUUUAAAAGCCUAUCAACUAAUUAUAAGGACCUGAGUAAUGAUCUACGGGUUGAAUUAUAUCAAGCGAAAGAUACAAUGAAGCGUCUACUACCUUACAUAUCUGCAGGGGUAGCUGGUCAAGCGACUUCUGCUAGCCGCUCGUCAGGUCUAGUGCAAAGAUCUAGUGUAUACAAUCGGAAGAAAAAUCAAUUUAGCACUCCUGCAGCUAGAAAUCCGUCAAAAUCGGAAAUCCGAACAGUUGCAAUGGUGGAAAAAGCAGCUCAGUCUUCGCCAGAAUCUCCUACCUCAAGCCAGUCAAAUGUUCAAGGACCAAAACAGAUUCAGCAAAGAGCCACGAAAGUAUCUACAGCUUCGCCACCAGCUAAUAGCGAAAAGAAAGUACAAGCUCAACAGCCUACUACGAAAUCUCCUCAAGCCUCUCAAUCUACCAGCGAACAAAUGUCCCCUUCAAACGUCGCCGACUCUCAAGUUGUUGGUAAGACUGCUGAAACGCAAAGAGUAGGACAACCCAUUCAGUCUUCGAGAUCUAAUACACCGUCUUCUUCGGGAAGUGAUGCUGUUACAGCGCCCACUACCAAGAUUAAGGUUAAUUUAAAUGAUAUUAUGCGUCGUUUGCAAGACAAUCCAAAGUCUGUUUCUGAUCAAGAAAAACAAGAACUAUUAUCUGCUAUGCCGCCGAAUAAACGAGCUGUGGUUGAACAAUGCUUGGCAAAAAUAUAA